UGUUGUUCUAGACAUAAACUAUAAUGCAAACGCAAUACAAAAGUAUUUGCUGCAGACUGUGUCUUGACAGCCUGGAGUAUACGUUGGAUGCUGUGAUUUUGAAUGAAAAUGAAAAAUACUCGAAGUUGAUAAGUGAUGUUUUGUCAAUCGAGAUUUUGAAUGAUUCACUUCAAGACUACUUCAUGUGCUUUAUAUGUAAAAUAUUCUUGGACAGUUUCGACCAAUUUAAACAGAAAUGUCUGAAAAACGAUGUAGUCUUCCGAGAGCAACAUCAAUUCUGUUUUGCUGAAGAUGAUAGUAAUGUCAAUACAGAAGUUGACCCAUCCGAGGAACUACGUAAGAUUAAAUUGGAGAUUGAAGGCCAAGAAAUUGAACCGGAAAAUAUGGACGCGAUGUGCAAUGAUCUCCUCGAAGACAAGUCGAAAACUCAAAAAAUCUCCUGUACAGAGUGUGGGAAAAUGAUCAGUAAGAAUAACAUAAUGGUUCACAUGGCAAUACAUAAACAAGCCAAAGCUCGCUUUCCGUGCAUUCACUGUGAUAAAGAUUUUACCGAUUUGAACAAUCUAAGGAAACAUGUUAACACGCAUACUAGAGAGUUGAUCUAUCCAUGUGAUAUAUGUGGAAAGAUUUUCGAUAGAACAGAUACCCUCGGUAAGCACAGGAAAAUUAUGCAUUCUGAUGAGCGGAAUCAAAUAUGCUCGAUAUGUGGCAAGGGGUAUGCUUUGAAGCAAAGCUUGACCCAACACUUAAAAUCAGCUCAUUCCAAUGUUAAGACAAAGGAGUGCCAGGAAUGUGGAAUGAUGUUCAAGUUUAGCAAUGAGUUGAAAAUGCAUAUAAUAAAACAUACUAAGGAACGUCCACAUCCGUGCCCAAUGUGUCCAAAGCAAUUCACAAGAGCUUACUACCUCAAGGUGCACAUUAGAAGUAUUCAUUCUUGCGAGAGCUGAAGGU